AUGACCCCGCACGACACCCUCCUCUGGGAGCCGGUGAUCCGUAUCCGGCCUCGCACAGCUCGCAGCUCGCCUGUGAACGACAAGAACAACCUGGAGGAGCCCAAUGAAUUGGGUGAUCUAUCAGCAGAGAAUACAGGGAAUGAGGAUGAAGGUGCACAGACCGCGAGCUCUCCCGCUGCCUCUCAUUGGCUGCGCGAUCUCCUGACAAUGACACUGCUGCCUGCAGCAAAUGAGGGCAUUUCACACGCCCUAUAUACAAGCCUCUUUGAUCUGCCGCAAGUGCCUGAAGGUGGCACUCAGGUGUUUUUUGAGCAAGGCGGUUGGAGUGUCUUCCUGGCGCCAGGGUCAUCUACCAACACCUUCAUCAUCACUGUGGAAGGCAGACCUCACGGUCAGGAGGUUGCCAAGGUUCACCAUAUCACUUUGCCUUCGACGUUGGCAGCCACCCAGACAAUGGAUUUCCAUGCCUGGAACUUGUACAUGAAGGAUAUUCGCUGUGUAUUUCAAGAGUUGCUCAGCGACUACCAGAUGGACAGCAUCGUGGACAUGGCUUACAUCUACAUCUGGUUCUCGCAGAACCGUCCAGACGCUCAAGCCGCCAACUUUGACGGCAUUGUGCUGCUCUGGAACGAGCUCCAAGAGCUGCAAACUUCGACAGCGGCGAUGGGAGUGUAUCUCGCCAUGUGCAGUGAAGAUCUGUUGAUGAACUUUUCCUUCUGGGCGCGUUCUAAGAUCCUGAUAGGCUUUGGUGGGGUUCAGGGUCCUGCAUGUUGCUGA